CUUGAAAUGUGCUUAUUAAGGCUUCCUUUUAUAAGUGUCAUGACUGCUAGGCUGGUGUGCAAGAAAUGGAGACUUGACAUGACGCCUCGUUUCUGGCGAAUGAGGCAAGAAGGUUCGUUUCAGAAUCCAUGGGUUUUUCUCUUUGGGGUUGUAAAAGACGGUUGUUGUUCUGCAGAAAUACAUGCAAUGGAUGUUUCCUUCAACCAAUGGCACAAAAUUAACUCUGAAAUUCUGAAAGGAAGGUUUUUAUUUUCUGUUGCCGGUAUCCAUGAUGAUGUUUAUGUUGUUGGAGGCUGUUCUAGCCUUACUAACUUUGGGAAAGUUGAUAAGAGUUCAUUCAAGACACAUAAAAGCGUGCUCGUUUUUAGUCCCUUGAUGAGAACGUGGCGUAAAGCUGCACCAAUGAAGCAUGGAAGAUCAUCCCCUAUUUUAGGAGCUUAUGAGAUCAGUUCAGAUUGUUUAAUUAUUAGGAAUCAACAAACUCGAGGAGACAGAAGGUUUUACCGUCCAAGAGUUGGUGGGGUAUCUGAUGUUUAUGAGGAUCCUCAUAGACUUUCAGUUAGACGCCAAUUUCGAUAUUCUCUGUAUGAGAACGAGCUUACGUCCUUGCCAAGUGUGAAACCGUACAAGUUUGUCAAACAAAAAGGCGAACAUUCAAAUAAAGAUCAAAGACGCUUUCUCUUGAUUGCUGUAGGGGGUCUUGGAUGCUGGGAUGAGCCUCUGGAUUCUGGGGAGAUUUAUGAUUCCAUGUCAAAUAAAUGGACAGAGAUCCAGAGGCUGCCUGUAGAUUUUGGAGUAGCUUGUUCGGGGGUUGUGUGCAAUGGGAUGUUUUAUGUUUAUUCGGAGAGUGAUAAGGUAGCAGCAUAUGACAUUGAGAAAGGCUAUUGGGUUAGAAUCCAAACCAGUCCAUUCCCUCCCCGAGUUCAUGAAUACCACCCUAAACUUAUAUGCUGCAAUGGACGGUUAUUUAUGCUCUCUGUCUCGUGGUGUGAAGGAGAAGGUCAGAUUGGCAGGAGAAACAAAGCAGUAAGAAAGCUUUGGGAGCUUGAUCUUAUGUAUCUCACUUGGACAGAAGUUUCAACACAUCCUGAUGCCCCAAUGGAUUGGAACGCUGCGUUUAUUGCUCAAAAAAACUUUAUAUUUGGAGUUGAAAUGUUCAAAAUAUUCGGGCAGGUGCUAGACUUCUUGACUGUUGGACAAGUAUCUGGUGCUGGAACAAGCUGGAGCCAUAUCUCAAGGAACCAUCUACCCCAUGAAUUGGAUGCUGCUUCUUGCUUGACUAAAUCCAUGGCAGUGCUACACUUGUGACGGAUCAAAGAACACCUACGAUAACAUCUGUUUCCUCAGCUUCAGAUCUUCUGAACUAUGUUGCUCGGACUCUCCAAAAAUGUUGCCGCACCUAUGUCGGAUCCUCCAAAAAUGCACAGUGCUACACUUGUGACGGAUCAAAGAAGACCUACGAUAACAUCUGUUUCCUCAGCUUCAGAUCUUCUAAACUAUGUUGCUCGGACUCUCCAAAAAUGUUGUCGCACCCGUGUCGGAUCCUCCAAAAAUGCACUACUUUUGGAGGAUCCGACACGCACCCGUCUGAAGAGUCCGAGCAACAUAGCUUCUGAAUGCCAACUAGUCAAAUAUGUGCAGUGUUGAUCAUAUUCUUUUGUUAUGGCCAGUUUUUACCAUUUGUUGGAUGUUUGAUGCGCGUUUAACUAAUCUAUAUAUUCUUGUUUAUUUCAUUAUUAUUCGAAUUAGUUCUGUUGAUGCAGGUCAUUCAUUUGUUCUGUAAUUUGUUUUGAGUAUAGGAAUAAUAAACUGUUUUUUAAUGAUUUA